AUGCAAACCAAUGGACUUUCCCCACCGACUCCACCGCUCUGCCUUGCUGCAUCACCCUCCAGGCUCUCACGUAGCGUGGGGAGGAGUGAGAUUUUGAGCCAAAAGGCAACCUCGGCACUACCGUGGGAGAGAGGCGGCGGUAUUGCUGCACGAGCGCGCAAUCCCAUGGAGUUUGAAAUGGCCGACGAUUCGCGGAAAACACAGGCUUGGCCGUUGCGACCUGUCAAAGGCGCUGCCACUCCCAGGGGGCGACAGACUGACGAGGUGCAAGAUCCGCGAGUCAGCUUCAAAGUGCCGCACAAUGUCGAAGGUGCGUCUGGUGAUGGGCGGGAGAGAAAAUCCGGUCGUCGGAGCUCAGAACGCGCUGGACGCGCUUCCAAGAUCCGGGCAUCAGAGCAGCACUCUAUCAAACACGUUGCCGGUCUGUCUCUCGGCAAGACGACGUGGAGUGUCUCACCCUUGAUCAUCGGCGGCUGUCUGAGCGACGCUCGAGGUCCACGAUAUGCGGGCCAAUGA